GUGUCAAAUUCUCAGCAGUUUUGUAAGAGGCGUUCAUUAUUUUCAUAUUUUACAUUUUCUCAGAUAACUGCGAAUAAUCCGUAAAAAUGUUAGCUUUGAUCAAUCGUAUUCUUGAUUGGAUUAAAAGUUUGUUCUGGAAAGAAGAAAUGGAGCUUACACUCGUGGGAUUACAGUAUUCAGGGAAAACAACUUUUGUUAACGUCAUUGCUUCGGGUCAAUUUAGUGAAGACAUGAUUCCAACAGUGGGCUUCAACAUGCGGAAAAUAACUAAAGGAAAUGUCACAAUUAAGGUUUGGGACAUCGGUGGCCAGCCACGGUUCCGAUCUAUGUGGGAAAGGUACUGCCGGGGAGUCAACGCUAUAGUAUACAUGGUAGACGCCGCCGACCAGGACAAGAUCGAGGCGUCUCGCAACGAGUUGCACAGCUUGCUGGAGAAGCAGCAGCUGACCGGCAUCCCCGUGCUGGUGCUCGGCAACAAGCGGGACCUGCCCGACGCGCUGGACGAGCACGGCCUCAUAGAGAGGAUGAAUCUAUCGGCGAUACAGGACCGUGAAAUAUGCUGUUAUUCGAUCUCGUGCAAGGAGAAGGACAAUAUCGAUAUCACACUGCAAUGGCUUAUCCAGCACAGUAAGUCUGGUAGCGCGCGCUAUGUAUGUGGCAUCUUAACGUUAUACGCAACCAAUCAACUUAUCACAGUGAAUUAUGCUGCGCCCUCAGCCAUAAACAAUAGCGAGAAUGCUAAUCACUCAAGUAAAUUUUUUACGGACUGGAAAAUACAACCUCCAGCGCAGUAUCUACGUUUGGCCGCAAUUGCUGGAGGUCUUUAUCUAUGGAAAAGCCGUACUUCUCAGCAAAGCAGCCAGAAUCCGGCUCGGCAAGACCCGGGAGAAAGUAAUAGCCAGUCACGGAGUUCCUCAACUGCUUCCUAUCUUAGUGACUUAGUGAAUAGAGUGAAUAUGAGCAAUAACGGAGUCAUAACACAAUCUUCGAGGUUGGGAAUGGAACCUAAUCUUGGAAAUCCUGUUAUUAACAAUCUGGACUCCCUUUUACAUGAUAUUUAUAAAAGAUACAUAGCAUUGGAGAAAUUUGACUUUUAUCGUCACUACAAAGUAUUUGAUACUAUAUUCCUCAAGAUCCAUCGUGCCAUGCAAACAGUAGAUCCUUAUUAUCGCCAGUACUCCAGUACAGUGCAAGUAGCAGGAAGUCACUAUGACAAACUUCGGAUAAAGAAGCCGGAUGAAUUUGAUAUAGAUAUUUUUAUUGGGCUUCCACUCAACAUCAAGACAGAACCAUCUGAUCUGAGUAAGAGUGAUAUCAUCCUAAAGCCAAUGUCGGCAGGAUUCGUUGAACUGAAGAUGGGAGUACAAUUCCAGAAGCUGCCAUAUAGGGAUGGGUGGGACAUCCAUAAAACUCUUUAUUCCUGGAAAGACAAUGAUGAUUAUCUACUCCGUUCAAAAUUCAGUGAUUGGUUUAAAAGUCUUGUAUACAGAGCCCUUAAUGAGUUUGACCUGCAUGGUAAUAAUCGGGCAUGUUAUGUGGAUAAUAAACUAUAUAUUAUUGGGACAUCAGAGGCGGGACCGGCUGUCACAUUGAAAAUUAAGUGUUGUAAAAACAAUUUCAAAAUGGAUGUAGAUUUGGUGCCAGUCCUUAAAUUUCCUGAAGAGCGUUGGCCUGUAAAGAAUGGUUACCGCAUAAUACCAGCAAAAUAUCGGCAUGAGAAAUUCAUGGUGGUUCCAAAACCUAUCAAGGGAAACCUCAAUGAAAACAAAGCAUCACGAUCGUGGCGGAUGUCUCUUAUAUACCAAGAGAAUCAAAUGUUGUAUGAUACACACAAUUUGCGCCAAACAAUACGAUAUCUGAAAAAACUCCGGGACACAUUAGGGAUGUAUUACGUCGCCAGUUACUACAUCAAGACGCUGUUCUUCUGGGAAGUCCACAAUCGCCAAGAUUCUGAGUUUUGGAGGCAGGCGCCGUCCAAACUGUUCAUUUUGAUGGUGCGACGGCUCCACGACGCGUUGGCGGAUAAAAGGAUACCGUACUUCUGGAAUGAUGCGUACAAUCUGAUAGAGGGAGCAGCGGACAACGUGGUCGCAGGGCACGUGGCUAAACUGGCGAAGUUGCUGAAGAUUUUGGACAACCCUUCGGAGUACAAGAAAGUAGCAGAGUACUUGCUGACUCCCUCUGAGUACGAGCACUUUUCAAAGUUCUUGUAAAUGUUUAAUAAUGUCCAGUCCAGAGAAAUAAGACUGCUUGUUCAUCAUGUUUUUCUGAGCGACUGUACCCUGUUUCUGUGCCUGUACACAUGUUUAACCCCUUAUCUCUCUGAAGAGAAGAGCCGGGGUGCGUCUUUUGUGUAACCAUAAGUUUAUGACACUUUAUGUAAUUCAUACCUUAUUUUUUUGUCCUAAGAAUUUAAGUUUUUAAUCUAUUCUUAAUAUUGUACAUGUGAUAAUGAAUAUUAUCUUUUUUUUUAAUUCUAUGUUAAAAAGUUUAUUUUGUUCGAAAUUGCAGCUUAAAUGCGUUUUUUUUAUUAUGUACCUUAGGUACCUUAGGUACCUUAUUAAAAACCUGUUAUAUCGCAAUUUAAAAUUGUUGCCUUUAUUGUUUUAAACAUUUGUGACGUAUGUGUCAAUAUUUCAUAUAUUAUUAACUAAGAAGGUAUAAAUAAGUUGCAUUUGCAAAUGCCGAUUUUUAUGUAUAACUAACGAAUUUGUCUAUCUCACUUAUUUAGGGGUUUCAUUAAAAAAUAAAUAUAUAUUUUUUAUAAUACAUAAUGUAUAUCAUUUUAUAUCUGUCUAGUUGCGUAUAUAUGUAUGUCCACUUGCUAUGGAGUAAUAUUUUUACAUAUUCAUAUUCUACGUAUACCCUCUGUAUACUUUAGCGUUUUCAGGGAAAAGGUUUAGAAAAUAAUAAAAUGAUAGUGAGUAAAAAUAGUGAAUGAUCCUUUUCUAAAAUGCCAGGAACAAGACUGCAUGGCUUUUACAGUUUACAGCCUAGAUAAUGAAUAUAGUGCAGUACGUAAUGUAGGCCUCCUCCAGUGAACCCUAUUCACUUCGAUUUUGUGUUUUCAUUUUCCAAAGCGACGCAGAUGUCAUGACGACGUUAUCUCUUCAUCUCGCCACCGUUUCGAAAUAUGUAUAAUCUCUAUUUACUACGGUUUUAUUAGCUUGGGUUGUAUGUAUGUAACGGAAUCUUUGAGCUCAAUUUUCACUGGUUUCUAAACGUCUGAUCAACUUGGAACUUUGCACACGUAUCAAGGACCGAUGGCAAUGCAAUAUUUUUUUGUACAGAUAUCGGGGAUCUAUAUACUAUACCCACAGAAGCCAAAAAUAUAUGAUUUAUAAAAAUUCUGUCUGUAUGUUUGUAAUCGCAUCACGCGAGAACAAUUGUUUCAAUUUGAAUACAGUUUUUUUCAGGUGUUAGGUUUUGUCCAACAUAAAAACCGGUAUACAAAAAAAAUUCUGCCCAUCCCAGUUUACAAGGCCGGGAACCAGGGCUUUUUUAUUACCAAAUUAACACGAAAAGUUUAAAUAA